AUGGGUUUAUCACCAACUCAAAUUGGGCAUCACCAGACGGCAGCCAAAGAAUGCGGCCCCAUAGUUCCGGCAGCCAAAUACCCUUCAUCAUCGUCAUCUUCACUGGGAUCUUCGUAUUUUCCCGAUGGUUCGCCUGUCAGUCCUGGAACUCCAUUCCGAUUUUCGGGUGUACCCUUCUCUUGGGAACAUUUACCAGGGAUCCCAAAGAAGCUACAAAAUCACAACAAAAAGGACUACUCCAUGAAGUUGCUGCCACUGCCUCCGCUGACUACCGCACUACCCUCGAAAACCAGCAGUUUCGAAGACAUGUUAACGAGGAAGAAAGCAUCCGGCAGCGCCUCCGAGAAUUUCCGGUGGAUGGAUCCAUUUUUCGCGGCGUCGGUCGAGUGUUCCAAGGAAGACGGUGAUCAAGAAACCGACAGAAAUCUCUGGACCGGAGCUAAGGUAACUAGAAGCGUGAGUGACAGGUUGGGGUUCAUCAAUCUUUACAGUUCGUGUAAAAGAAGUUGUGCAGUUUCGGAAUCAAUGGUGUAUCUUCCGAGGUCUCGAAGAACUGCAGAUUACGACCUAAGUAAUCACCGUCGUUCUCGUUAA